AUGCGGGCGUCUCUUUUCCGGCACUUGCGAUGGGUUGCUAGUCCCGUUCGCUCGCCACUGAUUCGGGCUUGGGGUGGAGCGCAUUCAUUGCGCCAUGCCUUGAAUACCUCUGUACCUUUAACUCCGCAGCCUAGGUGCUUCUCAGCAUCAGUGCGCAGUCGAAUCUUCCACGACGGUGAUUCCACAAUAUACGCGCUCUCUACGGCUCCAGGUCGGGCUGCGAUUGCUGUGGUUCGAGUUUCGGGGCCUGCCUGCGUGUCGGUCUAUCAAGCACUAUGCCCCAAAGGUCCGCUUCCGCGUCCCCGUGUCGCAGCCGUGCGCACCCUCUACGAUCCUGCCUCCGAUGAUCCUUUGAGCCAAGCAGGUAUCCUUGAUGCCGGAGCGCUGGUACUAUACUUCCCGGGCCCUAAGACUGUCACUGGCGAGGAUGUACUGGAAUUUCACCUUCACGGUGGACCGGCAAUUGUACGCUCGGUUCUAAAAGCCAUCGCGAGUACUAGCGGCGGAGAACAUAUGCUGCGAUACGCCGAGCCAGGAGAAUUUACUCGGCGAGCUUUUAUGAACGAUAGACUCGACCUCCCGCAAAUUGAGGCAUUGGGCGAUACUCUAGCGGCAGAUACCGAACAGCAGCGGCGCCUGGCUGUCCGAGGCGCAAGUGAUGCGUUGUCGAAAAGAUACGAACAAUGGCGUCAGCAAUUACUCUACGCACGCGGGGAGCUUGAGGCAUUGAUUGAUUUCUCGGAGGACCAACAUUUCGACGAGUCCUCUGACGACUUGAUCCUGUCUGUGGCGUCACAGGUGCGGGCUCUCAGUCGGCAGAUUGAACUGCACAUUCAGAAUGCGUCAAAGGGGGAGCUUAUGCGUAGCGGGAUCAAGGUUGCCCUACUCGGAGCGCCAAAUGCGGGCAAGAGCUCGCUCUUAAACCGGAUUGUUGGUCGAGAGGCGGCUAUUGUCAGCACGGAGGAAGGCACUACCCGGGAUAUCGUGGAUGUUGGAAUCGACUUGGGCGGUUGGUACUGCAGGCUGGGUGACAUGGCUGGAAUACGGUCGGAGCCUGGUAGAUCCUCGUCUGGGAGUGUGUCCCCGGUAAUUGGUGCUGUUGAAAAAGAGGGUAUCCGGCGGGCUCGCGCGCGGGCUUUAGAGUCCGAUGUGGUCGUGGUGGUGAUCUCGGUAGAGGAUGGAUCUGAGAGAGGGGCGCCAUAUCGACUUGCUGUGGAGCCAGUUGUUGUUGAUGCAGCUAACGAUUGUGUGCGUGCCGGCAAGCAUAUAAUCGUUGCCAUCAAUAAAUGCGACCGGCUGCCGCCGAUGGGCCUUAACGAGACCGCUCAAGUGCCGCCCGAGCUAGCCAUGGAAGUGAACCAGCUUUUCCCUGAAGUACCAAUCAAGCGCCUCUUUGGCAUUUCAUGCCUCGAAUCCUCGAAUGGACCUGUACAACCUGAGGCCAACACCUGGCCUACCUUCCUACAGGGCUUGAUAUCCACAUUCGAGGAAAUGGCCACUCCAGCCGGAGUGGAUGGCGAUACAAACGGACAGUACGAUCGUUCGUACUGGGAGGACUCGCUGGGAGUGAGUCAUCGCCAAAGCUCUAAUCUGCAAGUAUGUCUACAAAGCCUGGAUGAUUUCCUGGCGCAAGCCACGCCUACGUCUCACGGAAUUUCAGCUGGUUCUUCUCUGAAAUUUCUGGAGACGAACUCGGAUGAGCUGGACGUGGACAUUGUGGUCGCUGCGGAGCACCUGCGUUAUGCCGCUGAUGCUCUCGCCUCGAUCACGGGCAAGGGUGAAAGCGGCGAUGUUGAGGAUGUGUUGGGUGUAGUUUUUGAGAAGUUCUGUGUCGGCAAGUAG